AUGCUCACUGAUAUGAUUUGGUAUAUUCAUUUUUACCAAACCAAUUCAUCAUUAGCUUCAACACCGAUGUUCUGUCAAAUAUGGGCAUAUGUAGAUAUAGCUGGAUUUGUUUCAAUAGUAGAUCUAACAGCAUGGGCAGCAGUUGAACGUCAUAUUCUUAUUUUUCAUCAAAAUCUCAUCUCAACACAAUUAAAACGCUUUGUUUUUCAUUAUUUACCAUUGAUUAUCUUCAGUAUUUAUCCAUUAAUAUUCUUUUUCGUUGUCUUUUUCAUUUUACCUUGUGAUAUUUCAUUCGAUUAUACUACAGAAACAUGUUCAUUCGCUUUUUGUACAGCUACCCAUCCAAUCUUAAGUAUAUGGGACAGUUGGGCGAAUAAUAUUGUACCAGUGUUUACUAUCGUCAUCUUUAGUAUUGCUCUGAUGGUUCGUGUGUGGUUCAGUAAAUAUCGAAUAGGCCAACGGUUUCAGUGGCGAAAUUAUCGAAAGAUGACAUUUCAAUUAUUGUCAAUAUCUGUUCUUUACUUUUUCCUUUGUUGGCCAUCAUCCAUUUUAUAUAUGGCUUAUACAUUCGGUCUGCCAAAUGACAUAGGUUUCGAUUACUUUUUAAACUCGUUUUAUUUUACUUAUUUCAUAAUGUUGCUGACUCCUUUUGCAUCCAUUAUUUCAUUACCUGAACUUCGAAGAAAACUUCGACAUCUCAUUCGAUUUACUCGACGAGAAAGACAUAUAAUUGUUCCUGCAACAAUUGAAAUAAACAGAGUAAAAGAUCGACAAUGUGUUAAAGGAACAGGUACUGUUCAAUAA